UCACCCCAACAACGCGCGGAAAGGAGGCGCCAAGAUAAACCAUAUUCUCGCGAAACUUUAAACCCAGUUCUCGCGACGCUCUCUGCUGCUCCUUCUUUCUCAGCCCCACCCCCCACGGCAGCACGUMGCCUCAGAAACAUCGCGGGAUUUCCAUCUUUCAGUCUCCGCCCCUUUACGGCACGAUGGUCGCGCAAGAAUGUGAUAGAAGCUCGACGGUCGCCAUUUUCUUCCUUUCUUAGCAGUUWGCUGAGAGGAGGUCUCUGUGAAGAAGCGGCAGCGGCUCUUGUAGUGUAGCCAUGGCAGACUAUUCAACAGUGCCUCCACCCUCCUCUGGGUCAGCUGGUGGUGGUGGUGGCGGCGGUGGUGGAGGAGGAGUUAACGAUGCUUUCAAAGAUGCGCUGCAGAGAGCCCGGCAGAUUGCAGCAAAAAUUGGGGGUGAUGCUGGUACAUCAUUGAAUUCAAAUGACUAUGGUUAUGGGGGACAAAAAAGACCUUUAGAAGAUGGAGAUGGCUCUUGGACAAGUCCGAGCAGUACAACACACUGGGAGGGAAUGCCCUCUCCUUUUAAAGAUCAACCAGAUGCUAAGAAAGUUGCUCCUCAGAAUGACUCUUUUGGAACACAGUUACCACCGAUGCAUCAGCAACAAAGAUCUGUAAUGACAGAAGAAUACAAAGUUCCAGAUGGAAUGGUUGGAUUUAUAAUUGGGAGAGGAGGUGAACAGAUCUCACGCAUACAGCAGGAAUCUGGAUGCAAAAUACAGAUAGCUCCUGACAGUGGUGGCCUUCCAGAAAGGUCUUGUAUGUUAACUGGAACACCUGAAUCUGUCCAAUCAGCAAAACGGUUACUAGAUCAGAUUGUUGAAAAAGGAAGACCAGCUCCCGGAUUUCAUCAUGGUGAUGGACCUGGAAAUGCGGUUCAAGAAAUCAUGAUUCCAGCUAGCAAGGCAGGAUUAGUUAUUGGAAAGGGAGGAGAGACUAUUAAACAACUUCAGGAACGGGCUGGAGUUAAAAUGGUUAUGAUUCAAGAUGGGCCUCAGAACACUGGUGCUGAUAAACCUCUUAGGAUUACAGGCGACCCAUACAAAGUUCAACAAGCCAAGGAAAUGGUGUUAGAAUUAAUUCGUGAUCAAGGUGGUUUCAGAGAAGUUCGAAAUGAGUACGGGUCAAGAAUAGGAGGAAAUGAAGGGAUUGAUGUUCCAAUUCCAAGAUUUGCUGUUGGCAUUGUAAUAGGAAGAAAUGGAGAGAUGAUCAAAAAAAUACAGAAUGAUGCUGGUGUUCGAAUUCAAUUUAAGCCAGAUGAUGGAACAACACCUGAUAGAAUAGCACAAAUAACAGGACCUCCUGACCGAUGUCAACAUGCUGCAGAAAUYAUUACAGACCUUCUUCGAAGUGUUCAGGCUGGUAAUCCUGGUGGACCUGGACCUGGUGGUCGAGGAAGAGGUAGAGGUCAAGGCAACUGGAACAUGGGACCACCUGGUGGACUACAGGAAUUUAAUUUUAUUGUGCCAACCGGGAAGACUGGAUUAAUAAUAGGAAAAGGAGGUGAAACCAUAAAAAGCAUAAGCCAACAGUCUGGUGCAAGAAUAGAACUUCAGAGAAAUCCUCCACCUAAUGCAGACCCUAAUAUGAAAUUAUUUACAAUUCGUGGCACUCCACAGCAAAUAGACUAUGCUCGGCAACUCAUAGAAGAAAAGAUUGGUGGCCCAGUAAAUCCUUUAGGGCCCCCUGUACCCCAUGGGCCCCAUGGUGUCCCAGGCCCCCAUGGACCUCCUGGGCCUCCAGGGCCUGGAACUCCAAUGGGACCSUACAACCCUGCACCUUAUAAUCCUGGACCACCUGGCCCAGCUCCUCAUGGUCCUCCAGCCCCAUAUGCUCCUCAGGGGUGGGGAAAUGCAUAUCCACAUUGGCAGCAACAGGCUCCUCCUGAUCCAGCUAAGGCAGGAACGGAUCCAAAUUCAGCAGCUUGGGCUGCUUAUUAUGCUCACUAUUACCAACAGCAAGCACAGCCACCACCUGCAGCUCCUGCAGGUGCACCAACUACAACCCAGACUAAUGGACAAGGUAACUAUGGUCAACAAGGGCAGACACAAGAUUAUUCAAAGGCUUGGGAGGAAUAUUACAAGAAGCAAGGUCAAGCAGUUCCUGCUCCUACUGGGGCUCCACCAGGUGGUCAACCAGAUUACAGUGCGGCCUGGGCUGAGUACUAUAGACAACAAGCAGCUUAUUAUGCCCAGACAAGUCCCCAGGGAAUGCCACAGCAUCCUCCAGCACCUCAGUGCCUUCCCAGACCUUCCACCUUAGGUUCUGCUGCAAAAAGCACAGGUAAGCACAACCUAAGGACAUAUAUAAAUAAAUAUUUCAGUACAUUAAUGUUGUCCCUGUGAGGUUUUUGUGGUUGUGUACUCAAAAGCAAUCUGCUGCUGCUACCCCAAAAUGUAUUUUGUUAUGCUACCAUUUUAGUGGAAAGUCUGUUAAGUUGUUCAAGCAACUGUACAUUUCUGGGUUAUGUUUUUCAUUUURAUUUUUUUAUUAAAACGAAAAUAAUGUAGAUUGCUGCUAUAACUGAUCUACAUGCACAUCUUUUGCAUUUUUUCCCCCAAAUAUAAAAUUGUUGCAGUUAAGAAAGGACAGUUGCAUAGUUUUCAAAAUUUAGGAAAUCGGUUGGUCAGAAACUUCAACAGCCUUCACAGUCUGUUUAUGAUUGACACGACAUUUUCUUUGCCCUCCAAAGCUAUGGUUUAUUUAUUUUCUUUUUUCUUAUUCUUGAACUAUAAUAAUUCAGUAAGAACAUUAUGGGACAGUUUUUAUUAUCUUUUUUUUCUUAGACAAGUCUGUUUUCAUAACAUAAAUGCUGAAAAGAAAAAAUUAUGAAAUACUGGCAGUAUGUUUUGAUAAAAGGCAUGUGCAUCAGUGAAAUGUUAACUGUAUAGCAAAUAACCUUUCAUAAUCUGUGUAGCAACCAAUAUUUUUCUGACUUAUAAUAUUUUAAUAACUGACGCUGCAUUUAUUUUAUUUUUGCCAGUUUUAAGUGUUUGUGUGUUCUUAUAGAUGAUUUUAACUGGUACAUAAUUUUGAGUUAAGAUGAUUGUAUUAAAGCAGCAUCAUACCAGUUUUGUUUAUUCAAUUUCUAAAAUGUGCUGAUCCUUUUAAAACUCCUGCUUAUCUCUACAUCAAAGAAAAAUAUUCAAAAAUACUGCCUUCAUUUUCACACACAGUGCUGAAGAUGCUGCAAGCACCAAAUCAUAGCUCAUAAAAUCAGGUCCUGAGAUAGUUACCCAUAAAGAGGAAUCCUUUGAGUGUAUGCCAUUGGUGAGCCGAUGAGCAUGGACCAUAGAAGGGCUCAAUGUAGAAGGUAAAAUUGGCAAAUCAUAAUUGAGAAAUAUGAAAUGUAUUCCCAUACAUAAUAUGGUAUAGGGUGUAAUGUACCUGCUUUUGAUCACUUUUCAUUUUAAAGUGCUAUUCACUUGAUCUUAAAUGUUCCAUGAACUGUUAAAUUUCUUAAGUUACUGCACCACAUUUAUGCUUAUGUGUKUUUGAUAGUCAAUGCUAGUUAUGUUAAAAUUUGAUAAUAUAAAGGGGCUCUUGAGCCUGUCAAGUUUUGGUUAGUUGUAGUUUGCAUUUUUAUAAAAGAAAAUGUAGAUGAAUGCUAAUAGAUAUUGUGGCAUUGUUGCUAUCUCAUGAGAAUUUUUUAGUUCAUAAGCCUUCUUGAUAAGCAAUUUUUUAAAAUGGCGCUAACCUUUCCAUAAUUUUGAAAUAAAGGGAAAGCAGAAAAGGUGAGCCAGAUGGUUUGAAAUGAUAAUAGAUCUUAGUGGUGGUAGGGAAAAAAAAUGUUUAGAUUGAAAUUUAACUGAUUGAUUUGAUUAGCAACUUGACAAUGUGUUUUUAAAACAUCUUAGUGUGGUGAUACUUAGAAUUCUAUAGUUUGAUGUUUUUUGUUUUUUUUGUUUUGUUUAGAAAUAARUAUAGUUUUUUAACUAAUGAAAAUAGUUUAAUACUAAGACUAGUAAUUUGAUACUAGUUGUUUAUUAACAUUGUAAAACGUAUCCUUAAACAAAUAUCUUUGUAGUUUAUUCAUAAUGGCAGGUUUGGUUAGGUGUAGCACAGUAACUUAGAAAUAGGAGUAUAUUACUAAGUAACAGUAUUUGUUUGGAUGCUCUGCCAGUAGAAUCUUCUACCUAAAAAGUUAUCUGUUGUCUAGAAUAAUAUAGUAGAGUUUACUAAUCAAAGAGGAUGUUUUACUUUUUUUUCUGCAAAUUCUGCCUCAUUUAAAAAUGCUUUUUAACAAUACCUAGUUAAAUAUAAUUUGACUCUGAAUAUAACCUUACGUUUUAUUUGAACAGUCACUUGAUUUUUCUUACCACAAUAAAACUUUUGAGGGAUUUCUAAAUUGGUGCUUUUAAAAAGCAAAUAAAUCCCAGAGUUUUAUUUUCUUCAGUAAUACCCCUAAAGAAAACUCUUAAUGUAUUUGCGAAUAUAUAUAUAUAUUUUUUCUUAUGCAUGCUCGAUGCAUUUUCGUCCUGAGAAAAGUGUUCUCUACAGAAACUACCCGUGUGUAAAAAGAAGAUUGGCUUAAAAUGGCUACUGUGAUGGGAACAGUGUCUUAGGGAGAUGCAGCUUGGACUUGAGGUAAAUUGAAUACUUUACAAACUGUGGUUUAGAGUUUGCUUUAAUGACACUGUAUGUAAAAGGACGUAUGCUUGCUGUAAUUUUGUAUUCAUUUUGGUCUCCUCAAUAAAAAUAAAUAAAUAAAUGUACUUUGAAUUAUAAGAGAGUACUUUGUGUCUUUUAUGCAUUUAAUACUCAGGAAAAAGAAUUUUGUCUUGACUGUCUUAAAGGAUUAUUGUGGGUUAAGAAUUCUAAUUAUAAGGGUAAACAUCUGCUUGUAGGAAUUUUUAAACCAAGGAAAGACUUUUUUCUUUAAUAUACAAGUUACUUUAUUAUGGGUUUACAUUGUAAAAUAAAUCCGUCUUCCAGAAAAUUAAAAUAUAAAAACAACUUGAUGACAGAACAUAACUAGUUAUUUAUAAAUAGACUAGUAUUUUUAAUUAAAGGCUUUCUACUCAGUCCUCUUAAAGCUUGAAAACUACAGUUAUGUUGAAAAUGUUUUCUAAUUAAAACAUAAUUUGUUCAGACAAGAUAAUAAUAAAAUUUGCUUUAGUGGUUUGGUUAUAUAUUACA